AUGAAGGGCAUAGAUGAGUUCUAUGAGGACCGAGAGUAUCCUGAGAUGGGAGAAUUGGAGGAGUUAUCGAAUGAGGCUGAUAAGAGCGAGGACACGGAUGAUACGGGAGCAAGUGUGGAGGCAGCAGAGAAGCAGGAAGAGGAGAUAGUCACCAUGGAGGCAGCAGCAGUGAAUGGUGGAGAUGGAGAUGGUGUCAACACUUUUGCAGCAGCGAUCGUGGUUGAAGAUGAAGCAGUAAAUGCGAAGUGUGUGGGAGUCGCUGUGAAAGGGGACAUCAUGGUGAAGGGAUCAAAGGCGAAUGCAACUGCAAAGGGUAGAGUGCUUACGAAAGAGGAACACGUUGAGGGGUAUGAGACCCGAGAGGUGUUGCGUGUUGAGAUGCCGAGGAGCAGCGAGAGGAUCAAGAAAAUCUCUCAAGGUUUGGAUGUCAAGGCGCUCAACUUCAAGACACGUAAGCAGAGGCUCAAGGUGCAGGAGCUGCAGGGGAGCGUGGAGGAGUGUGAGGAGAGUGUGGGGAAGCUGAGGAAGCUGCGGUUUGAGGCGGAGAACAAGUUUGACGCGACGCAUGCGAUGGGGGAGAAGAUGAAGGAGAAGAUGGCGGAGUGUGAGGAGACCACCGCCAAGAACGCUGCUGAGCGGGAGAAAGAGAAGAGCGAACUGAUGGCACAGGUGCAUGAGCUGGAGAACAAGGUGAAGGAGUUGCAAGCGAAGCUGGGCAUCAGUGAGGACAGCAGCACCAGUGAUGACACCAGCAGUGACGGCAACACCAGUGACAAGUAA